UGGCGUACAAGAGUAGAUCUUGCGGCCGCGUACCGCCUCUGCCACAGAUAUGGCUUCUCAGAAGGAAUCAACAAUCACCUCACGGUAGAAGUGCCAGGGCAGAAAGACCGGUUCCUGGUAUUUCCAUUUGGCAUGCUUUGGAACGAGGUCACAGCCAGCAGUCUGCUGCUGGUCGACACUGAAGGCAAUGUCAUCAAGGGAGAAGGCCAGCCAGAGGUCACAGCAUUUUGGAUACACAGUCGGCUGCACCAGCUGCGACCCAACACUGGCGCAGUCUUCCACACACAUCAGCCGGAGAUCACAGCGCUUUCGUGCCUGGAGGACUUCGAGCUGCCCAUGAUUCACCAGAACUCCCUGCGAUUCUACAACGACAUUGCUUAUGACACCUAUGAUGGCCUCGUGCUCACCCAGGCAGAAGGCGACCGGCUCGCAAAGGCACUGGGCAACAAGCGCGUCCUGAUCCACAGAAAUCACGGAAUCAUGGUGUGUGCAGAGACGGUGCAUGAGGCAUUUGAUGCCAUGUACUAUCUGGAGCAGGCAGCCCGGGUCACCGUCAAGGCCAUGUCAACCGGGAGGCCCCUCAAGAUU